AUGGCUACCAAUACCGGCGAGAACAUCAUUGCCGACAUCAUUGCGACGCGGCCUCCGGAGGAGGUUGUCGAACCUACCGGCCGCAAUUCCUUCGCCAUCCCUCCCCAUCACGCACAGGACACCGAAAAGGGACUGUCUGCGGCGGUCACAUCGGCCAGUGAUGAUUCAGAAUACCCUUCUCCCACCCAGGAGGAGAAAACCACAUUGCGCAAAGUCCCUGGAAAUUUGAACAUGAUUGCUUAUGCUCUAUGCCUGGUCGAAUUUGCCGAACGUGCCUCGUACUACGGUUCUCAAACCCUCUUCUCCAACUUUGUCGAGUUUGGUCUCCCAAAAGGCGGAAAUGGAGCUGGAGCUCCUCCUAAAGGCACUCAGGAGACCGCUGGUGCCUUGGGUAUGGGCCUGCAAGCGUCGCAAGGAUUCGUCCUGCUCUUCGCCUUCCUUGCAUACAUCGUACCCAUUUUCGGUGGCUGGUGGGCAGAUGUGAAGGUCGGCAGGUAUUACGCUAUUGUUGUUGGCGUUCUUAUCUGUGGUGUGGCGCAUAUUAUCCAGAUCAUUGGUGCCAUUCCCAGCGUUCUCCAGCAGGGAACUGCUCACUCGGCACCUCCCUUCAUCAUCAGUCUUCUUAUCCUUGCAGUCGGAGCUGGUAUCUUUAAGCCCAAUGUUGCUCCCAUUCUUCUUGAUCAACAGGUGCUGGAAAAAGAGUAUACCAAAGUUCUUAAAACUGGAGAAAAGGUCAUUAUCUCACCUGAGGCGACUACAACCCGUGCUAUGCUCAUUUUCUACGGUAUGGUUAACGUUGGAGCAUUCUACCAACUUGCCACGACGUAUGCAGAGAAAGAUGUUGGUUAUUGGCUUGCGUUCCUGCUGUCCGGAACCAUCUACUUCCUUCUACCAAUCCUGCUCUUCUUCAUGUACAAGCGGACGCGCAAACUGCCGCCAUCGGGCUCGGAACUCCCCAGUGUCUUCAAAAUCUUGGGCAGAGCUCUAAAGGAAAGCAGAGGUCAAAUUUGGAAGAAGAAUUUUUGGGAUUCAGCCAAGCCCUCCACCCUAGCUGCUCGCGGUAUCACAGUUGACUGGAGCGAUAGACUGGUAGAAGACGUUAAACGUACCGUCAGUGCCUGCCACAUCUUCCUCUUUUUUCCCAUUUACAACAUGAACGAUGGCGGUAUUGGUUCCAUUUCUACGAACCAAGGUGCUGCUAUGGUAACCAACGGUGCCCCCAACGAUCUGCUCAACAACUUCAACCCGUUGACCAUCAUUGUCUUCGUCCCCUUCCUCAGCUACGUCGUCUAUCCUCUCAUGGCCCGCUGGGGCUUCAGAAAUGGACCGAUCAACAGAAUGACAUUUGGAUUCUUCCUGGCCACCUGUGCUGGUGUCUAUAGCGCCGUCCUCCAGUACAAGAUUUACGAAAUGUCGCCUUGCGGUUACAGUGCCUCUACCUGCGACACGGUAGCACCGAUAUCCAUCUGGCUACAGAUCCCGAACCAAGUUCUCAGCGCAAUGUCAGAAUGUUUCUGCAACGUCACUGCUUACGAAAUUGCCUAUUCACGGGCUCCUCCUACCAUGAGGGGCCUUGUCAUGGCUAUAUUUUUGUUCAUGACAGCUCUUUCAAAUGCUUUUGGUGAAAUUUUGCUUCCAGUCACAGUUGACCCCUAUCUGAUCUGGAUUUGGGCUGCUCCUGCUAUCGCACUUGCUGUGCAGAGUGUGUGGUUCUGGUACAAGUUCCACGACCUCAACAACGAACAAUUCAUGCUCGACCCAGUUUCAUACUCUGAAGAGAGUCAAGAGACUAUUGUCGAGAAAGUGAAGGAGUAA